UUACAACUUAGUAUUUUUAACAAUACACAAGAUGUCAGCGCCCAUACGUGGCGAUUAAACAUCCACAUUAUUGGUUAUCCUGUGAUCACAGACAAUGAUUUAACGGUGCGCAAGAAAAAGAUUAAAAGUGUGAAAUAUAAAUAUAGCAUCGGUCAAGGUUUCAAAGAAUGAAACAAUCUACAGGUGGCACAAACAGUGGAUCAAGCCGCAGCAAUGACAAACUUUUGUCGAGUGCAGUCAAGUCAGCCUCGUACAACAUGGUUUUACAGCUCUUGCUGAGGGUCCUGACAUUUGCAAUCAAUGCUUUUGUACUGAGAUUCAUCUCGCGAGACAUGCUUGGUGUGGUUAACGUCAGACUGACUUUGCUGUAUUCCACCACGUUAUUCCUGGCCACAGAGGCUUUUGACAAGGCAUGUCUAGGCAAAUUGGAGAAGCAAGACUGGUCAAAAAUCAUCAAUCUCAUGUGGUGCACAGUGCCAACAAGUCUUGCUCUGGCAGCCUUGCUGGGUUGGAUAUGGAUCUACCUGCUGGAGGUACCUGACAGCAGCAUGAUGCCCAGCUAUGGACUUGGUGUGGUCAGCUUUGCAGUGUCCACUGUUCUGGUCAUCUUGUCCAGACCGCUGUACAUUUUAGGACAGAAGUGCAUGUUUGUAAAACUAAAGGUUGUGUCGCAAGGGAUAGCUGAGCUCUGCAAGUGUGUUCUGACAGUCAUUCUUGUGCUUGCCUUUCCUCACUGGGGUCUUAUCAACUUUGCAGUGGCUCAGGUUGUGUAUGGUUUAGUCACUAGCGUGGUUUACUACAGUUAUUUUGUAUACUACAUCAACAGACAGGUCAAAAAGGAUGAAGAUUUUCCAUUGACAUCUGUAAGGGAGAUGUUUCCAACAUAUAGAUCUGAUAAAGCUUUUGUAGACAGUACACAGGCCUGGCUUACCAUGAGCAUAUUCAAGCAAAGUUUCUUAAAGCAACUGCUGACAGAGGGUGAAAAGUUUGUCAUGACAUUCUUUGGGGUCCUCAGCUUUGCAGAUCAAGGUGUAUAUGACCUUGUGAACAACCUGGGUUCCAUGGCAGCCAGGUUUGUGUUCCAACCUAUGGAGGAAAGUGGAUACCUGUUCUUCUCACAGCUCUUAGUACGGGGGGAACCAGUUACCAAACAGAAACAGGAUUCCUGCACAAUGGCAGUGGAGGUGUUGGCAAGCUUCUUGAAGCUUGUCAUUCUGCUAGGGGGCAUCAUUCUGGUGUUUGGUAUGGCCUACUCCUUCCUAGCCUUAGACCUUUACGGGGGAUCUAUACUGUCAACAGGGGCAGGUCCUGUGUUGCUGCGAUGGUACUGCCUGUAUGUGCUCAUUAUAGCUGUGAACGGCAUGACAGAAUGCUUCGUAUUUGCCACCAUGAGCAAGGCUCAAGUUGACAUGUAUAACCAGAAGAUGGUGGUAUUCUCCAUACUAUUCUUACUGUCCUCCCUGUUCCUCACGCGCCAUUUUGGCAGUGUAGGCUUCAUACUUGCCAACUGCCUAAAUAUGACUGCCAGAAUUGUGCAUAGUAUAUACUACAUCCACAACUACUUCAAAGACAGUGAGUUUAAUCCCCUCCAGAAGGUGAUUCCAUCUCCAAUGGUGUUAGCCGCACUCAUGAUGGCUUUAUUUGUUACUUUAUUUUCUGAGACGAUGUUUUGUUGCAACAGAGGACUGAUUUUCCGCUUACUUCAUAUAGCCAUUGGGGGACUGUGUUUACUCAGCGUGUUAGGAGUAAUCUACAUGCAAGAAUUGUCUAUUAUCAAGUUCAUUAAACAGCAGUUUAAGCAGCGUCAUAAACAUUGAUUUUCUAACUGUAUGUUAUACUGUUGUUACAACUCAUAUUGCUCAUGUGUUGGUUGAAAUGCCAGUGAUUCUCAAAUAUGAUUAUUAUUACUUUUAUUUGUAUGCCCCCCUUCGAAGAAGAGGGGGUAUAUUGCUUUGCACAUGUCGGUCGGUCUGUCGGUAUGUCGGUCUGUCAGUCGGUCGGUCCACCAGGUGGUUUCCGGAUGAUAACUCAAGAACGCUUAGGGCUAGGAUCAUGAAACUGCAUAGGUACAUUGAUCAUGACUCGCAGAUGACCCCUAUUGAUUUUGAGGUCACUAGGUCAAAGGUCAAGGUCACGGUGAUCCGAAAUAGUAAAAUGGUUUCCGGAUGAUAACUCAAGAACGCUUAGGCCUAGGAUCAUGAAACUUGAUAGGUAGAUCGAUCAUGACUUGCAGUUGACCCCUAUUGAUUUUCAGGUCACUAGGUCAAAGUUCAAGGUCACAGUGACCCCAAAUAGUAAAAUGGUUUCCGGAUGAUAACUCAAGAACGCUUAGGCCUAGGAUCAUGAAACUUGAUAGGUAGAUUGAUCAGGACUCUCAGAUGACCCCUAUUGAUUUUCAGGUCACUUGGUAAAAGGUCAAGGUCAAAGUGACCCGAAAUAGUAAAAUGGUUUCCGGAAGAUAACUCAAGAACGCUUAUGCCUAGGAUCAUGAAACUUCGUAGGUAGAUUGAUAAUGGUUGGCAGAUGACCCGUAUUGAUUUUCAGAUCACUAGGUCAAAGGUCAAGGUCACGGUGACCCGAAAUAGUAAAAUGGUUUACGGCUGAUAACUCAAGAACGCUUAUGCCUAGGAUCAUGAAACUUCAUAUGUACAUUGAUCAUGACUCGCAGAUGACCCCUAUUGAUUUUCAGGUCACUAGGUCAAUGGUCAAGGUCACGGUGACCCGAAAUAGUAAAAUGGUUUCCGGAUUAUAACUUAAGAACGCUUAUUCCUAGGAUCAUGAAACUUGAUAGGUAGAUUGAUCAUGACUCGCAGAUGACCCCUAUUGAUUUUCAGAUCACUAGGUCAAAGGUCAAGGUCACCGUGACCCGAAAAAGUAAAAUGGUUUCCGGAUGAUAACUCAAGAACGCUUAUGGCUAGUAUCAUGAAACUUCAUAGGUACAUUGAUCAGGACUGUUAGAUGACCCCUAUUGAUUUUCAGGUCACUAGGUCAAAGGUCAAGGUCACAGUGACAAAAAACAUAUUCACACAAUGGCUGUCACUACAACGGAGAGCCCAUAUGGGGGGCAUGCAUGUUUUACAAACAGCCCUUGUUAUUUUGGCAAUAUAGAGGUAUAUAAUGAAAAAACAUUACUAUAAAACAUUUGGUGUAUGGAAGGGACUGUGAAAUUACUGUUUGAAGUCAUUCGAUUAUGCUAGGUAAUUGUAAAAGUACAUGUAAAACCUCGUGACAUACAUUUAAAGAUAAUUUAUCGCAUUUUCAACGCGACAUUGACGGUGUAACACCUUAUGAAAUAUACUAGCCUGUAUUUAAAACUGUGGGAUAUACCUGUCGCGUGCACGGACUAUUUUUUACUUUACCACUGAAUGAUGUUUCAUAAGAAAUAAAGUCGAGAAAACUUUAGCUUCAAAAUUAUACGACCUUCAACCUUUAAAUCUAGUCAUAUGACAUAAUUUUUCGCCAUCCGUAUAAUGAUGAAUCAGCUGAAAAUGACACUUACUGCAUCAUUUUCCCCCCAAAAAAUUUGACGAUUUAUCAUAAACGCAACUUAUUUCACAUGUACAUGUACUGUAUAUCGACAUAUUUGAAUUGUCAAUUUAUCAAAUUUUCCUUAUUUCGUGUAAUGUGCAUUGUUUAUAACCCAUGCAUAUACUUUUGAGAUUUAAGAAUGCACAACAAGCCAUACAAAUAUCGCACAAUUCAUAAAUAAUCUGCAAUAUUUGCUUUCCGAUUUACUAUUAAUUCACGUUAGGCAUAGAGCUGUGUAAAGUAUAAGAUGGUAAAAAUAGCACCACGCUGGAAUUCGGAACGUCCCAUUUUGUACACGGGUAUUAUCCACUCAUUUAUUUGUUGUGUAAUGGAAUGUUUUCAUUCUUUGUGUAUUUAUAUAUUAAAUUAUUGUCUUGUACAAUAAGCGCAUUUACCAUAGAUAAAUAAAAAAUUGUGCAAGUUUAAA